AGACAGAGAGCAUCAACAGUGACAGGGAGGAGGAUGCUGUGUCAGAGGAGGCUGGAAGCAGCAGCUGCACCGACUCAGCGCCAUUUCUCAACUUGUAGCUGUGACAACGACACUUGACGCAGCAGAGAGCUGGAGGAGGAGGAGGAGGAGGAUGAGUUAGGUGCUCCUGUGGUUUCUGUUGCUAAAAUUCAAACCGCGCAGCUGCCAGGUUUUCCUCUGCCGGAGUUUGAGCUCCUGUGAAGUCGCCUUGCAGAUGGAGCUGAGCAGGAGGAGAGUGCCUCUGUAUGGCCAGGCGAAGGUAUUUGCACUGCUGGAUGGUUUAGACACGGUGCCAGAGGAUGCAGAGGUCUACAUAGUUUUGGAAGGAUCCACACUGGUCCAUGUCACCAGGGCUCAAAGUGAUGUCAUGCUCUGCUUUAUAGUGCCUGGACAUAACCUGGCUGAGAUGGUCUCUGUCCAGGCUUACCUGUGCUCUGAAACCACACCCCUCACCUGGGUGGGCGGGGCUUCGCUGGAGUAUGUCCAAGAUGACGCUCAGGACUUGGCAGAGCACCUGGUAAUCCAUGGACAUUGCCUGACCUCCAGGGAUCACAAGGAGCUGAGCAGCCUCUUCAACCUGGGCCAGGAGAGCUCUCGCUGGGCUAUGGAUCGUCGCGUGGCCCUGGCCAUGGCCAAUCUGAAUAUCCCCCAAAACUGUAAUGUACUCGGGAGCCUCAGUGGAGACGAGCACAGCCUCAGGGAGUCUCCCCUCCACCUGGCCGUGAGAUGGAGUCUGUAUCGGCUGGCAGAGCUGCUGCUUUGCCAGCCAGGGGGUCUGAUGGCUGUAAGUCUGCCGAACGAAGACGGAGUCACACCGUUGCAGCUGGCACAGACAGCGGGCAACGCCGAGCUCCUGGAGCUGCUUACACACCCACCCAACCCUCUGGCCACACCACCAGCAGGCCUGUCCCAGGUGUGGGCAGACCACUCCCGCUUGCUGAGGUUCUGUCACGACACGGGGAACCUGACUCUGACCGUCCGACAAAACCUGAGGUGGAGCUCGGAAGAGAGCCGGCACAAUGACAUCCUGCUUCUAAGAGAGCGACUCAGAGAUGAGGACUUCCUCAGAGAGAUCAAAGCGCUGAGGAGAGAACGGGUAGAGACCAUCUUAGAGAAGGAAGAGCUGGUUGAUGAUCCUACAGAGAACGCACUGUAUGCUGAUAUCAAUGGGGGAACGUCUGCUGUUGAAGAAAAUGACUACGAGGAGCCACUGAUGUUCUGCCUGAACGAGGAGGACGAAGAGGACGAUCCGCUGCAGCCUGAGAAAAACCAGCCCAUAAGGGAGAACCAGGCCUCGUCCCCGACUCUGGCAGCAGCUGCCAGAUUGUCAGCGAUGAUACAUGGCAAAGACCGAGUGUACGCCAACACCAUGCUGGUUGACCAGGUUGAUGAUGCUGACAUUAAAUACCGCUCUCCAGGGGAGGAGGAGGAGGCCAGCCCUAUGCCCCAUGUUGGCAGCCCACGCUGGCACCCCCUCUCCAUGAACCCCCCUGACUCGAAAAACUGCUCCCAGAACCGGCACCCACCCUCACCGCGUAUCGGCGAGAGGGGAAUCCAAGGCUCCGGCCUGGAGAAUCACAGGGAGCCUUCCCCUCGUGUCUCUCCCCCCUCUCCCUUUGCUUCCUCCCCGGCUAUCCCUUCCUCCCCACUGGCUUCCCCCUUCCGCUUGCUCGAGGGAGCACUGAGGCGCCUGCCAGUUUCUCCUGCUUUGAAUCGCAGAGGAUGCAGCUUGACAGAGACGAGCCGGGGCCUGAGUCCUAGUCAGGAGUGUGACAGCGGAGAAGACGAUAUACUAGGACAUUCAUACCCCUGCUCAUCUUUAAGGCAGCAGGCCAUCCUGCGAACCAGCUCGGGAGAGGAGAGGGACUCUUUCGACGCAUCACCAGACUUCAACCGCACACACUCUGACAGCACACACCAGUCUACCAAGAACCCAGAGGAGGCCGAGGUCCGCCUACGCUCCUACUCCUACUCCUCCCCCAAAGCAAAGCCGUCACGGCCGCUGCUAAACCGAGACGCAACCAUUGGCGACCUGGCAGAAGAUGGUGCAUUCAGCGGCGGCAGUCGUUCUCUACUCCAAGCUUUAUCUCUCUCUAAAUCCCUCUCUCGUCUCAACCAAGUUAAGCAGAGAGCAUUCAGCCUGACUGACACUCCCAGAGAAAAGAGGGUUUUGGGUUUCCGUAAGCGGGCCCAGUCAGCAGAGGAGGAGAGCAGCGCAUCACUCCAACAUCUCACCCUCACAGAGUUCCUCAAAGAGAUUGAGGAUGAGGAGUGGGACAAAUACAUAAUCCCGUCUAAGGUCGAGUCCGAGAAGUACAAAGUAAGCCGGACCUUCAGCUUCCUCAAGAGCAGGAUGUCGAGCACUCGUAACAAGACCAAGGUGAAGGGGAAAGAGAUGAAGGAGGGAAAGGAGAAGUCAGGAGCCGCUAACGGACACCAGUUUGUUCCCGUGUCUCCAUCUGGUCCCGCUCUCUGUGUGGCCUGUGAUAAGUCUGUUUCUGGGAAGGAGCUGUUGCAGUGCUCCAACUGUUUCCUGAAUGUCCAUAAAAACUGUCGGGAGUCUGUCACAGCCUGUGGGAAGAAGCCGCAGGAAAGGAAUGCGCUGCUGAUGAAAAGCAAGGCCUUGUCUCUCCCACAGACCUCUGUGAAAGAAAACUCUCCAGCCAGUUUCUCCUCUUCUGCUUCACUUCCCACGACGACCAGAGAGAAGAAGGAAACAGUCGCCCCACUCUGCAAAAGCCUCUCCAUCUCUAUAGACAGCAGACGACUUAGUGACGCAGCAGGAGCAGACAGUGAGUGCAGUGCGACAGCUUUCACAAACAGCUCAUUGUCUGACGAGGGAACUCCGGUCACAGCGACUCCCCCGUCAACAGAGCCGCCGAUCACCGCACAGGAUGCUGUUGCUGCUUCUCUUCUGAGCGACCUGUCAGCUGACCUGUUUGGACUUGAGGUGGAGUCCUGGAGUCUGGCAGUUGGUCCUGACUUGUGCAGGCAACACGACAGGCGCACCGUUAAACGACAGGAUGUUAUUUAUGAGUUGAUGCAGACAGAGCUGCACCACAUACAAACCCUGACGGUCAUGUCGGAGGUCUUCAGGAGAGGCAUGCUUGAGGAGCUGCAGCUCAACUGGGACAGUGUGGCCCGGAUCUUCCCCUGCUUGGACCCCCUGCUGCUCUUUCACAGAAACCUCUUUGGAGCGCUGCAGGAACGCCGACAAGCUGCAGCCCAACCUGAGAACCCCCGAAAUUACCUCAUCCAUCAGAUUGGAGAUGUACUGCUUCAGCAGUUCUCAGAUGAAAAUGCAGAGAAGAUGAAGCAGGUGUAUGGAGAGUUCUGCAGCCAUCACACCGAGGCUGUCAAUGUCUUCAAAGAACUGCAGCAGCAAAACAAAAAACUGCAAAACUUCGUCAAACAACAGAGCAAUAAUUCUCUGGUCAGACGGAGAGGGGUCCCAGAAUUCAUCCUGCUGGUCACUCAGCGUAUCACCAAGUACCCAGUGCUGCUGGAGAGGAUAUUACAGUACACUCAGGAAGGGAGUCAGGAACACUCUGACCUCUCGAGUGCCCUGGCUCAGAUCCGUGACAUCAUCACUGCUGUCGACCUGACUGUCAGUAAGUACGAGAAAUGUCAGGAGCUGCAGGAAGUGCUGGCUCGGCUGGAGAACAAGAGCUUUGCCAAGCUAAAGAACGACAAGGUGUUUCGCAAACAGGACCUGGAUAGCAAACACAGGGAUCUACGACAUAAAGGGCUGGUCUACUGGAAGACUGCCACAGGACGUCUAAAAGACACAUUGGCUCUCCUGCUUACCGAUGUUCUGGUUUUCCUACAAGAGAAAGAUCAGCGCUUUGUAUUUGCUGCUGUGGACCAGAAGCCUCCUGUUAUCCCUCUGCAGAAGCUCAUUGUGAGGGAAGUAGCCAAUGAGGAGCGAGGGAUGUUCCUUAUCUCCGCCUCCUCAGUGGGACCAGAGAUGUACGAAGUUCACACCAACACCAGAGAGGAGAGGAAUGCGUGGAUGAGGCACAUACGACAAGCUGUAGAGAGUUGUCCUGAGGAAGAGGAGGAGGAGGAGCGGAGUGCUGAGACAGAGGAGGCCAGGCGAGCGGCAGAAGUGAGAGUUCAGAAGAUAACAAAGUUCCAAGAGACACUGUUGGGUCAGGACCAGCGAAUCUGCAACAGCCUGGAGGAGAAGUUACAGCUCUAUGCUGAGCUCACAGAGUUAACCCUCCGCUCGCCAGAACCUGUACCACAUCGCCAUCUGCUGGUACAGCCUGACACAGACAGCGAGGCGCCACGACAGGCCUCCGCGCUGCUCACAGCUGCUCUCAGAGAAGCAGAGAACCUGAUCACCAUCCUGCAGGCUCGUGAUGGCCUCUCUGUACAAAGUCAAAGCUCUCCUGUCCGAGGACCAGAGGGCUGCAGCUACAACAGCCACGGCAGCAGCAUCCAGGAGUCUCCCUCUGAACCGGAUUAUCUGAGCACGCUCAGUAUGAGCUCCACCUCUCUUGGAUCAGACAGCGAGCUGACGGGGCUGGACAGUGCACUGUGGAGCUCUGCCGUUGAGCUGAGAAGAGGAGACAACAAAGGGACAUUGUUAAAGGUUGCAGAGAGCGUCCAGAGUCUGACUCAGCUUCUCUAUAGUCUGCAGGCUGCUGUUACCCUCCAGGACAGCUGCCAAGAAGUCCAGAAACUCCUUCUCCUGGAGGGAGAAAGACCGCAGCUCCGGACGCUCACUUCCCUCCAAAACAAUCUGGAGCAGGAGAGGCAGAGGAGCACUGAUAAGAAGAAAGAGGAAGUAGAAAAGAAGGGUGUGGAGAGGAAGAAAGAAGAGGUGGAUGAGGUGCAGAAACUUCACGUGAAGCUGAAACAGGAGCAGCAGCGCUGGGACAAAGAGUGUGUGGCCAGAGAGAAACAACAGAGUGAGCAGGAGAACAUGCUGGAGCAGCGAGAGCAGCAGUGCCUCCUGGAGGCCGAGCGACUACGCUGCGAGCGCGAGGAGCUGGAGGCGCAGCUGCUGGAGUAUCAGCAAAAUCUGGAGCGACUGAGGGAGGGCCAGAGGAGUGUGGAGAGGGAGAAGGAGAAGAUUGAAGCCCAGCAGAGGCUACUGCAGAGCUGGAGGCACAACCGCCAGAGCAGCCUGCCUGUUACGAUACCACUGGAUGGAUACAAGGUGUCCAACCACAGCCGCUCUGGCAGCCUGGAUGGAAGCUGCUCGGUGUACGAGUACGAGUCGUCUUUACUCGCCUCCCUUCAGCAGAACCGCCUCCACCAGCCCGCCAACAACAACCAGCACCAGCUGCUCUCUGUGCCGAGGAAGAACCCAGACGGCCCUCUGCACAGCUCCAGCUACACCGCCAACCUUGGCCUCAGUGCCAGCCUCUACAACAGCCUCAACACCCUGCUGAGCCAGGCUCACAGCAAACACCCUGCGGACGGUCACACGUACCCAAACUACAGUAACAGCCACAGCUGCACCCAACCUCUGAAUGACUCCAUCCACCCCUUCAGCAGCAGGGUCACCGCACAGCCACAGAAGACCAACAACACAGACUUCAGCCCAUCAUUGGACAGGCGACGGGCAGGUCCCUGGAGGUCAGAGGUCACAGGACUUUAUGAGGACGACUACUCCUCCUCUCCCUCCCUUACCCCCCUCCUCCCCCCGCAGGCUUACCUCUCCCUUGAAGGACAGAACGGGGAGGAAGCAGGCGAGGAGAACAUCGUUUAUCUCUGAAAAUCAUUACCAAGAAAGGAUCAAUGCAAGCUGCCUGACAUAAAACUGGACCGACAAUGAUAUAUAUCUGUUGCUUUUUAUGUGUUUGUGUGUGUACCUGUUGCACCCAUCGUAAUGUGAUGGUUACACAUUGAAUUAAGAACUGAAUGUAAGGGGAGUAGUUGCAGGGCGGAAGUCUCCACAGAUACAGUAUGCGUGCCUUCAUCAGUGUACGUGGCGGCCAUGAAUCAUUUUUCUUCCUGUGUGAUGAAGCCAUCGUGCCUUUUAGCAGAGAAAUUCUUUAUAAAUCGGCUUUUAUACUUGUACUCCCCGUGUUUUUGUUUCUAAGAUUAUUUUUUUUUUGUUAGUAUCCGUUGCACUUGUUGGAUGGCAGAGGUACUUUUGUGCCCCAAACACUGGGACCUAAAGUUGCAGAAAAUCAGGACAGAAGUGUGUGUUGCUGUUAUUUGAGCACUUAAAAGAAAAUAUUUGAGAAGCCAAUCGAGCCCUUCCCCCAAACUAUGUAUAGAGUGCUACGUGAUUUUAAUUAAUAUUUAUAAGGGAUUGUGAGCAUCUUAAAGACACAGAAAUAUACUGACAUUAUUGUAUAAAUAUUAGAUAUAUGUAUAGUUUUAUGGAAAGGCUACCUAUGCACACUAUGUUGGAAGAGGAACUUAUUUUCCUGUUAUUAUUUUUCUCACUUAAGUGCCAAAAAAUCUUGUUAUCUGAUACUGUAAGUGAUUUGUGUAAAGAAUGUCUUCUGUUCACCUCUUUGUCUGAUAAUUUAUUGUGUGUAAAUUGCUUCAUGCACUGUCGACAUUGAUGAUAUUCUGUUUGAUACGUGUUCCCUUGUAACCUUGUAAUCUGACCUGUGAUGUGCCAUAUUGAUAUUGUGCUGUAUAUAAAAAUUAUUGUGGCGAA